AUGGCCUAUGCCUGUCUCCAAGUAGAUUUCGGCCUGAUCUCAACGUGUGUCUGCAUUUCAGAUCUGCAGUGGUGCGCGGUGAUCAAGCGAGUCAGUCAGUGCCCACCGCGCGCUGCUGGUCUACUAUUUAUCAAGCGCCAGAGACGCCGCGGAAAAGAAAACAGCCGAGCACCCCUCGCUGAUUCGCUGAGAUUCAAUUGA